AUAAACGUCAAGCUCCAGUGAGAGUCUAGGCUGGCUGGAGAAGACGCGCCCACUCUUGGUUACGUUGCGCAUUUCUGGAGAAAUAAAGUAAACCUGCUCCGAUCCAGUGUUGGCUGAGCAUCCAGAAGUGGGGGGUUCAUGGGCAGGAAACGACCAUUCUCGCCCUAGAAAGUCUGUUUUGGUGAAUAAUCGUCUAAUUAUGGUUCUUCUGAAGAUUUUUCGGGCUGUCAUAAUGGGACCUCCGGGAUCGGGGAAAGGAACAGUGUCUGCGCGCAUAACCAAAAGUUUUGGACUAAAACAUCUUUCUAGUGGGGACAUUUUGAGAGCCAACAUCAACGCGAAAACCGAGCUCGGCCUGUUGAUGAAGUCCUGUAUUGAUCAGGGUCAGCUGGUACCUGAUGACGUCAUGUCUCGUCUCAUCCUGAGUGACCUGAGAGCAAUAGGCCAGAGCAGCUGGCUGCUUGAUGGUUUCCCUCGUACAGUAAACCAGGCGGAGGCUCUGGAUGACGCCUACAGUUUGGACACAGUCAUUAACCUCAAUGUACCUUUCCAGACCAUCAAGCAGAGGCUAACUUCUCGCUGGACUCACCUUCCCAGUGGCAGAGUCUACAACACAGAUUUCAAUCCACCUAAAGUCCCUGGUUUUGAUGAUGUGACAGGAGAGCCUCUGGUCCAGAGGGAUGAUGACACUCCAGGGACAGUUACGCGGAGACUGAAGGCCUAUGAAACUCAGACAGAGCCUGUAUUAGAGUUCUACAGGAGUAAAGGUGUGCUAGAGACCUUCUCUGGGACAGAAACCAACAAGAUCUGGCCACACGUCGAGGCUUUCCUCCGCCAAAAAUUGUCCUCCGUCAAUCAGGACGUUGCAUAGAAAACCUGAAAAGAAAGGCAGAAGAAGUCUAAAAGUUUACCAGCAGUAACCACUCUGUACGCAUCGUCCAAUCAGGGUGCCACUUUCUGUGAAACAAGAGGAGAGCCAUCUGUGCGAUAACAUAUUCAGAUGUUCCAAAAAUGAGCAGCAAUCAUGCAGGUAGCAAUAGUAAGACUACAGAUGAUGUUGGGAAAAUGCCACUAUUGAGGUGCAUCUUGCACUGCUGUUGCACUGUUUCCACAAUGUUGGUGAAAAUAGUUAGAGCAAAAGUCUCAGGACGUGUGUUUAAAAUCCUUCAAACAUUAGUCGCUAGAAUUCACACAGAUUGUAUCUUUUCUAUAACGUGCCUUUGUAAAACCAGGAGACACCGCUCAAUCACCGAAUCAAAUAUCAGGAUCCUUCACUGAAGAAUGUCAAGGUUGCGUUCACCAGAGAUGUUGCAAUACAAUGAUAGCAACAGUUGUUAAAGCAUGUCCUCUCUGGUGAAUGCAACCACCCUUAAGGAGUGGAGUUAUGUAGAUAUUUUUAACUUUUAGGUUUUCCAAUUGCAAUCACUAGUUCUUUUCUUAGAUGAUGGCAAUUGACAAUAUUGCGGGCAUAACAAAGGUUUUUUUAAUAGCUAUCUUACUGGGACUGUUUCUUAUGCUUUGGAAAGUGCUGUAAAGGGAAAUGUGCCGUGUUCUGCUGUAAAUUCACUUUUACACCCAAGUGCCUUUUGCUGCUUUUGGAAAUGUACCAGGUAGCUCAGUGAAUGUAAUUUAAUUUUCAAUUAAACCAUCAUUGUGUAACAUUUUCUUUCAACCACCUCAAGUCUUAAUAGUAUUGCCUCUUAAAUAUGCCACAGUUUCCAUUUGUACCAGGCCUUCUGACCAAGUCUACAAACAAUGUGACUUAACAAGUGAAAACUUGAUUUAAAAAUAUAACUUAAAACAUUUUAAGCACAAUAUACACAGGGCUAUCAUCUUGUCAGAAGGUAUCAUAGCUUUCAAGGUUGAUCUGCAGUUCUGUGUUUUUGCACUUUGGUCUUGACAAUGUUUCACCAUGUUGUAAGCCACAGAAAGGCUAUAAUGUGUGUAUUUCAGAACACUUGAAUACAAGGUUUAAAAGCUCAUCUCCUCUUCAUAGACAGCUUACAACUAUGUCGUGUAUUUAUUAUGAAUCACAAUAAACUUCUGAUACUA